UAUAAAGCCGAGUUGGAGGAGGAUAACUAUCAUCUUCGAGAUGCAUUACAGACAGAGGUAGAAAACAAUCGCCUGAAUGAGAAACAGUUCAACCAACUGGAGCGUGAAUAUAGCCGGUGUGAGCAGGAAAUCCAAGAUCUCAAUAAAGACAUAGAGCGUCUUGAGAAUGCUUCAGAAGAAGAGAUAGCAGAGCUAAGAUCCGAAAUCUCCA